CGACCGUCGACCGACCGCUCCUGGUGCCUGUGAGCUGUCAGUGCCAGGAAAAUGUUUUGCUUUUAGUGGUUUGCCAUCUAUCGCCAACAAAAAUUUGCAAGUUUUUCUGUAAAAAAUGGAAAGCCGCCGUAGUAAAAGGAGCGACAAUGCAGAAAAUGCCCUCAUGUCGUUUGUGGAAGUGAAGGAAGAACCGGAUGAAGAGGUUUUCGACUCGAGCGGAUCGGUGCAAAAUGUGACCAGUAGAGGAAGCAAAGGUUCCGAAACAGUAAACAAGUCCACUACUCAAGUGUUGCCCAAAACGGCAGAGAUAAAAGAGAGCAAAACCCAUUACAAAAGGAGUCGUGGAACACAGGUCAAUGCGGAAGAUAUCGAUAUGCUUCAUGUAAAGAGGUUAGAUCUGUCGAACAGUGGUGCUGAAAACAAGCCGAUAAAAGCCAUUGGAACGGAAUCAAAUCCCCAGUGUCGAUUUUGUCUGCGUAGGGUUUCUAGAGAAAAUUUGAAAAUCAUCCUUCGAAAACAAAGCACGAAAGCCUACGCUGCUUUUCAGAUUCGAGUGUUUCAUCACGAUGCUUAUCCGUUGGCUUGCUCCAACUGUUUGAACAUGAUAGACAUAAUCUUGGAUUACAAAUCAGCAGUGCUGAAAGCGCGCAACCUACUUCUAGAUAAAAGAAUGCAUUUGGAAAAUAAUGGUUGGGAUGAUCCAGUAAAUAUCGAAUGUUUUAAGCAAUGCAAAUCUACCAUAGAGCAACAUCGAAUGCAAAUGGAUUCGAUCUAUGACGAGCAAAUGGUGAGGGAAGAAAGAAGGAUUGCAUCCAACGACAAUGAGCAGAUUAUGGAAGAAGAGCGAAGAGAUGCGUCAGUACUAGAACCGAAAAUGGAGCUUAAUAUCGGAGAAGACGAAGCACAUGUUCCCAGAGAUGACUUAAUUCACAUUAAUCAAAGCGUAACUAUUCCACACACGAUGAGUGAUGAAUGCACUGCUGAAUUUGCUUUGGAAUCUGAUAUCAAUGAAGUAGAACACGCAUAGGCUCACGUAGCUGACUCUGAAUGUUUAAUAAACACAGAUGAAAUUUUCGAAAUGUCCCAUGCAAAUACUGAACUUGCUGUACUCAGUAUCGGCUCUCCAGCAAAUGAUGAAGAUAAAUCUACAUCUAAAAUUAGGAGAGUAAAGGAGAAAAAAGUUUACUAUUCUUCAGAAUCUGACCACAAUACAGAAGAUGCAGAUUACAAUCCAGUUGAUUUGAAUUCAUCUGAUAAUGACGACGAUGAUCCAGAUUACACAUCACAACAACUGGUAGCGAAACAUAAACCACCUGGUAAAUCAGAAAUUAGGCAGACAAAUGAUUCAGAGGCAGCGCCACGUAAAAAAAGAAAAUAUAGAAAAAGAGAUAAACAACAGGAUCAACAUAAGUCACAAGGCAAACUAAAGAAACCAAGGAAGCCACGCAAACCGAAAGAAUCAAUUCUGAACAGGCCACCUGACUAUAAACCACCAUCAGUUCAGCCAGUUUUGUGUGAUUUAUGCGGAGAAUCCGUUCGACCUGAAACGAUCGAAGGACACAGAAAUCGCCACCUAGGAAUCAAACCGUACAACUGCCCCAUCGAUGGUUGCGAUUGGACGUUCCACGGUCGAUCCAACAUGUCCAACCACAUGCGGCGUAUGCAUCCUGAAAACGGAGUACAAUCGCAUAAGUGCGAUGUUUGCGGCAAAUACAUCCGAGGGAAGCGAGGCAUUUUGAAUGAACACAAGAAGCUGCAUGCGCUGAAGGACAAAAGCUACGUGUGUCAAGUUUGCGGAAAAGGUUUCACGUUGAACAGAUACCUGCGACAGCAUUCGGUCAUACACACUGGGCUGUUCCCGUACGAGUGUGGCUAUUGUGGUAAAAAGUUCAACAAUAAAUGGAGUAUGAAGACUCACGAGAAGAAUAUGCACGAAAAGAAGAAUCAAAUCAACUUUGAUCAAGAGAUUGAAACAGAAAAUCCUGGACAAGCAUAUAACGAAUGAAAGUGUUAACUGAACUACUGA